UAAAUGAGACUAGCCUAGUUAAGCCUGAUCUUUUUCUGUUUGUGAAAAAGAGCCGAGCAGAGCUAGGGACUGCAUGGUGGCUUCAGGAACGGCUUCCUUAAUUCCGAGCUAACAAUGGUCGGGAAGGCCAGAUCUUCUAAUUUCACCUUAUCUGAAAAGCUCGAUUUGCUAAAACUCGUGAAGCCGUACGUUAAAAUUCUCGAAGAACACACCAAUAAGCAUUCAGUCAUAGUGGAAAAAAACAAAUGCUGGGAUAUCAUAGCUGAUAACUACAAUGCCAUCGGAGUAGAUCGCCCUCCUCGUACCGCACAGGGCCUGCGCACGCUGUACAAGAGGCUCAAAGAAUAUGCCAAACAGGAGCUAUUGCAGCAAAAGGAGACGCACUCCGAUUGUAAAAGCAGCAUUUCCGAGCCAACCAAGAAAGUUGUGGAGAUGAUUCCACAGAUUUCCAAUGUGUGUUUAAGAGACAGGAGCGGUGUACAAAGUGCUAGUAUCGAUAAAGAAACAAUUGCUGGUACCAGUUCACCACAGGCAAUGUUGGAUCACCAUCCUGCGACAGUCAUGAUGGAGUUGCAGUCGGAAGAGGAUGUCAAACCUCCUCCUUCUUUGAUUAUAGACUCACAGCAAAGUGAGAGCUUAGAACAAGAGGAAGAACACCAGCUGGUGCAUAUUAUGGAAAGGUCUCCUUCAACAUCGGUGUCUUCGGUUGACAUGAGAGUUAUGAUGUCUCCCUCUCCUGUACCAAGAAGAGAUGAGUUUUUUAGGCUUGAGGUUGGAGAACGCUUUAGACCAAUGUGUGGGUCUGACCCACAGAUGCUGCAAAUGCUGAAAGAAGAGCACCAGAUAAUAUUAGAAAAUCAAAGAAAAAUCGGGCUUUAUGUCCAAGAAAAAAGGGAUGGUUUGAAAAGAAAGCAGCAGCUGGAGGAAGAACUGUUGCGAACAAAAAUCAAAGUAGAGAAGCUGAAGGCAAUACGAUUACGCCGUGAUCUGCCAGAAUACAGCAGUAUCUAAAUAUUUUAUUACUUCUGUCAUAUCCUUUGAAGUACUUAAUAAUAAAUACUUUUACCCUAGCAAAGUUGUUCCUUAUGUUAAUAUGGAUGGAUCAAAAUGUGGUCUUGAAAGAUGAGAGCAUAUUUUCCAUGUUGUUGUUUAUGUACCUUAAUAAAAAUACCUUGUAUGGGUUUGAGUGCACCACCUCUUCUGAACUAUAAUCAAAUCCUGUAGAUUUAAGUGGUUAGGAUGAUAAAAAUCCCGACUUCUUAAAUAUUUCCACUUCUCUCUGAUAGAAAUGUGAUGACCUAACAGCAAUUUAGCUUAAUUCUUUUUAAAAAUUUGAUCAUAUGCAUUAUUUCUUCAAAUAAUUACCUCUGCUUCAUAAUCUUAAUGAAGUUACAGGUUCGUAAAUACGCAUUAAAAGGAGGAGUAAGAGGCAAUGUUUAAAUAUGCUCUUCUUUUCAAGUUGGUGAAUCUUACGGCAGUGGUGAAAUUUUGCUGAUGUAUCAACUUGGAAAACAAAAUUACUGGAUUGUUAUAUUUUUUUAAUGUUCAGUAGGCAGUUGCGUAAAUGUACAUUUUUUAAAGAGUUAACACUUUUUAUUGUUUUCGGUGGAUGAGCGUUUCCAUAGGACGUUAUCAAACCAGAGACAAGGAAUGCAAUACUUCAUCGUUAAAACUGCAUGUGUGUGUAAUUUGUGUGUACAGUUACCAUGAUCGUAUAUUCAGUUAGAGUAAUUAUACUGGUGCUCAACCACAGAAAUGUCUAAUUUGCUCAUUUGCAUGCAUAAUUACUACUGUGCAUGUGCAACCAAGACAGUUGCAGGUGCCUUUGAUUGAUAUCAAUAUGACUAUAAGCUACCAAAAUGAAAUAGUUGCUGUGUGUAAGUAAUGUGACUUGAAGUCAACAGAAGAUUCUUUGUUAUUCCGCGUACCUUUUAUAACUGCUGUUGUUCUGGUCUUUUGAUUAGUUUCAAAUAAAAAGCCCAAAAUGAAAAAGCAA